AUGUCAGAAUUAGGUGAAGCUUAUACACCCGGAUUUGCUCCAUUCUUAGGCUUUGCAGGUUGUGCCUUUGCCAUGGUAUUAUCAUGUGCUGGUGCUGCUUUCGGUACAGCUAAGAGUGGGAUUGGGAUUUCAGGUAUCGGUACCUUCAAACCAGAAUUGAUCAUGAGAUCUUUAAUUCCUGUUGUUAUGUCAGGUAUCUUGGCCGUUUAUGGAUUAGUCGUUGCGGUUUUAAUUGCUGGUGGUUUAUCGCCCGAUCAAGAUUAUACUUUAUUCAAUGGUAUAAUGCAUUUAGGUUGCGGAUUAUCUGUCGGAUUCGCUUGCUUAGCUUCAGGUUAUUCAAUUGGUAUUGUUGGUGAUGAAGGUGUUAGACAAUUCAUGCACCAACCAAGAUUAUUCGUUGGUAUUGUUUUAAUUUUAAUUUUCGCCGAAGUUUUAGGAUUAUAUGGUUUAAUCGUUGCAUUAAUUUUAAAUACUAAAGGUACUGGUUAA